AAUUAUUAUUUACAGUCUGAAUGUAAAUAGGUUAGUUACCUUUGGUUUCGAUCAGUUUUGUCCAAUUGUCUUAAUUUUUUAAAAUUAAAAUAGCAAAUAAUCAAAAUGGCAUCAAGGUCUUUAAUAGUUCGAUAUCUGAAUCAUCUUAGCAAUAACAAUAAGCAAUGCAAAAAUUUUUCGAUCCUUUCUGCACUGUGCAAUAACAAUGUCAAAGAUACGAAUUUAUUAAAGGAUGAAGAUUGCACAACCAUAGUUAAGGAAAGCACAGUGCCUAAAGAGAUUUAUAAAAAAGAAAGAGAAUCGCAGGGCUACAUCACAUUAGUAGGUGAAGUGAAUGCAGUUGAAUUAACUAGCGGUGUUUUAGCAAAAUACAAGCAAGUUAGAAAUGUUCUUAUAUCUCAACCAUCGAAGAAUGCAAUGCAGUCAGGAACGUACAAUCUUAACCAUUGGCAAGUGAGCUUCGAUGCUAGAGAGCGCUGGGAAAAUCCAUUGAUGGGAUGGUGUGCAUCUGGGGAUCCUUAUCAAGCGCUAAUCAUCAAGUUUACAACAAAAGAAGCAGCCAUCCAACACUGCAUAAAUAUGGGAUGGAAUUAUAUGGUGCAGAAGCCAAAUAAGGUUAACCCAAAGCCUCGUUCUUAUGCUGAAAAUUUCUCAUGGAAUAAGCGUACAAGAGUAUCUACAAAAUAAAUAAUAUAUGAAUUAAGAAAUUAGGUUGUUGAGUAUACUCUGUAGAUAGCAUUAAAAUAUGUGUCUAAUAAAUUA